AGAAUUUACGAAUUUUAGUGUCAAAUUUUGAUUAUGAUUUUCGAUCUCUAUGAAAAAACAUAUUUUUGUGGGUUUUUGAUAGAUUCGUCUCUAUAUAUACUUUACAAAAAAAUUUUAGAAAUUUGUAACUAAAAUUAUUUGACUUUUAAAUUUAUAUUGAGAUAUGCGAAAAAAAUAAGAACAAAUAAAAAGAGUUAAUGUUUCCAAUUGUAAUCUUAUACCCACCCAAGAGUCCAAGACCAUACACCGGAAAUACUAUCCGAAUUUGUAUUAGAAUCCAUAAUAGAAGAGUAACUACUAAAAUAAAAAAACAAAAAUUCAACUCAAAUAUCAUAUUCAUUUUCACGAUUUUCGACACGAAUUCGACCAUCAUUCAUCCCCCUAACUUCUUACGUGUUCACCCUCUCAUCUUUUUCAGAGAGAAAUCAAAGCUUUUAAUCAGGGAGAGAAACUAGGGUUUUUGUUACUGGAAGUUUAAUUUAUUUUAAUUUGAUUGAUUCAAUUGAAUAAUGGCGGUUUCUACAAUUUGUAGACGAGUUUGUCAAAUCAGCACUAAUUCAUUUGUAAAUUCCAGAAAUUUUAAGGAAUUAUUUGCUCUAAACAAUAUUGAUAAAACUAGAACUCGAUUUUACUCGUCGUCGUUAUCGCCUCAUCCUCGUUACGGAAGUAGGUAUAUUGAUGCUAAGUUUCUUUCUCAACUUGUGAGUUCUAAUGGUAGACGGUUCUUUCUCGUCGAUACUUUAGCGCUUGUAAGGAAAUUAGAAGCUCAAGGUAUUCCAUCAAAGCAAGCUGAAGUUAUUACCGCUGCAAUUACGGAGGUUUUACACGACAGUCUGGAAAAUGUGUCUCAUUCUUUUAUGUCUAAGGCUGAAAUGCAGAAAUUUGAGAUGACACAAGAAGCAAACUUGGCUAAGUUCAAAUCUGAAGUACAAAGCUCACAGGAACAUCAUUUUUCCCUGUUGCAACGGGAGGCAGAGAAACUCCAGAGUGACAUAGAGAAGAUGCGCAGUGAAUUGAGGUAUGAAAUUGACAAAGUUACUGCUGGACAGCGAUUGGAUUUAAAUCUUGAAAAAGGGAGGAUACGGGAUGAGUUGGCAAAUCAAACCGCUGAAACUAAUAACCUCACUAACAAACUUGAUAGGGAAAUUCACACAUUAAGGGCACAAUUGGAGGCCGCAAAAUACGAUGUCAUCAAGUACUGUAUAGGUACCCUGGUUUCAAUCUCGGCUGUUGGUCUUGCAGUGUUGCGUGUAUUGUUAUGAGGAUUGCUGCCUGUCGUUGUUUUCAGAAUCAUAUCAUUUCUCUGAACAAGGUCAUUGUUUAGCAUUCUUGCUACAUACAAGAACACUGUAAAGAAAUUAUAAAAAUGUCAUGCAACAUACACACAAUAGCCCAACAACAGCAGACUUGGUUGACUGGUGCUGAAAAAGUGGGAGAAAAAAGUGGUGUAGAACUGAUGGUAGCCCAAUUAUUUAGUUGUAAUUUGCAACAAUUGUAUACUGAUGAUAAUGAUGUUAUUUAUCGAUCUCUUUACGUUGUAAGGUGUACGUAGCUGGUUAGUUAAUCGGUGUGGUGACAGAUCAUUCUUUGGCAUAAAUGCUGCAUUUUGAAUAAUGUAAUGUUGAAUUAGUUA